UAAACGGACCUGAAUCAGUGUACUCUUUAUCAUCCUGCGUAACGUACAGUCAUAUACAGUAUUUCAUAAAGUGUCGCCGUUAAAUCUGCGUUUAGCACAUCUGACAUCUGCACAGACAGCUUACGACGCAAUUUGUUGCCAUAUUUGAAUUAUUUACGUUAUCAGUGACCAAGAGCAAGCAUGAAGACUAAAUUCAUCAAUGGCGUGUCUUCAUCGCCUUCAAUGUCUUUGGGCUUGCUGGUUAAUGAAAGCGUCCUCGAAGUCCAGCCCGACAGUGUGAACGACUGCAAAGACAUUAUCCGACCGGAUGAGCCCGACCAGCAGACGAAGCAUAAGGCGUAUCUGUGGUGUAAAGAAUUCCUCCACGGAGCCUGGAAAUCCAUUGAUGAGGAGGAUUUCCAAAUCUCAAUCAUCAGAGGAGGCCUUAGCAACAAACUGUUCCUCUGCGCUUUGCCAGAGAUGCAAGCAAGCCUUGGAGAUGAACCACGAAAUGUGCUCCUUCGCCUAUAUGGAGAAAUUCUGCAGAUGUCCUGUAAUAAAGGGGAUUCCAGGCAAUCAAACACAGAAAAUCACUUUCAAGGAGCUGAUGCUAUGGUACUGGAGAGUGUUAUGUUUGCUAUCCUGGCCGAGAGGGAGCUUGGGCCCAAGCUCUAUGGCAUCUUUCCACAAGGCAGACUGGAACAGUUUGUCCCAAGUCGAAAACUGUCCACAGAUGAGCUGAGCGUCCCUGGUAUAAAUGCUGAGAUUGCUGAAAAGAUCGCCAGAUUUCACGGAAUGAGAAUGCCCUUCAACAAGGAGCCAAAGUGGCUUUUUGGCACCAUGGAAAAGUACAUGGAUCAAGUGCUUCAGCUCACCUUCACCAGGGAACCUCAUCUGCGAAACUUCUCUCGCAUUUUGAGCUACAACUUGCCUCAAGAGAUGGACAAUCUCAAGUGCCUACUCGAAUCUACUCCCUCUCCUGUUGUUUUCUGCCACAAUGACCUGCAGGAAGGAAAUAUCUUGCUUCUGAGUGGUCGUGAGAACACAGACAGACAGAGGCUUAUGCUGAUUGACUUCGAGUACAGCAGCUACAACUACAGAGGAUUUGACAUUGGAAAUUUCUUCUGUGAGUGGACUUACGACUACACCUAUGACAAGUUCCCAUUCUUCACAAACAACACCCAAAAUUACCCCACCAAAGCACAGCAGAUGCAUAUCUUUCACAGUUAUCUGUUGGAAUCCGAUGCUGGAUUUAAACACUUGAGUGAGGAGGACCAGAUGAAGCUCAAAGAAGAUAUGCUAGUGGAGGUUAACAGGUUUGCUCUGGCCUCCCACUUCUUUUGGGGAUUGUGGUCCAUGAUCCAGGCCAAAAUAUCCACAAUUGAGUUCGGAUACAUGGAGUACGCCAUGGCCAGGUUUGAUGCCUACUUUGAGCUGAAGAGGAAGCUCGGGGUUUAAAGGAAACGUAUUCAAUCGACAGCAGAGAGAAGGAAGUGGGAACAGCCGCUCAAAUGAUGUCAGGAAAAGAGCAGAGCAGAGAAAGAGGACGCCCUGCAUCUGUAGUGAUUCAGCCACGCUGCAUGGACCAAAAAUCAAUGCAACAUACGUAUUUAAAAAGGCCCUGCGCAUUAAGCGCCCCCAUAUAUGCUGCUUCUCAGUGUUUACAAAUUUAAGCUUCUCACAUUUCACAGCCUGAGCUUCAGGACAGUCGGAGAAUGCAAGAAGGCAAGGUUACUUGGUGAAAAAAAUGUAUUGGGUGUAGGUCAGAGAUUAGGCGGGAAAUAUGUUUGUGCAGAUGCAAUUUAAUUCGUGAUUCAAAGAGCGGUGUGGUGGAAAGUUCUUCAUACUCACUUCAACUUGUCUGUUAUCACCCAGUCAUCUGCUGUAGUGUUAUCUAUACAACCGGUGAUAGAAGAUGUGCUGUGAAAGAGUAAGGUUCAAAAACUGGACCUGUUACUAGAAAAAUGGUACAACAGACCAAACGAUGUUGACACUGUGGUUCAGUAUUGUGUUUCUCGAGUUUCCAUUUUUUGGGGUGUGAAUUUUUACUGGAUGAUUUACCUCUUUUUCUACUUGAACUUGUAGUAGAUCAUGUCUUCAUUUCUAUUUCUAGAAGAUCCGCAUGAUGUGAAGUGAAAACUGGGACCGGACCAUCUGCUUUCUUCCUUGGGAGAGAGAUGGUAUCAGAUAUCUUUCUGUCUUAACAGUGGAAAUUGUAUGGUCUUCUCGACCGUAGUAAUCUCAUUCACCUCUUAUUAGAGGUGCUUGUGUUUUUUUUAUAUAAAAAAUUGAUCAGAAAAAGUGUCCGUUAUGAGAUUACUCCCACUUGUAUCUGAUUUAAUAUGAAUCGAUAACCGUUAGAUAUUAGUAAAACUUAAUAUCAAUCUAUAUUUGGUCUAAUUAUGUUUCGCGAAGUGAACGUUCAUGAAUGUUUAUACUCCUUUUUUAUGCUAUGAAAUUUUUACGACUGAACAAAAUGUUCGUAAUGCGUUUAGUUAACUUUAAAAGUAUUGUUUAUUUUAUUUUGUAUGUUGGUAGUAUACGAUAUUAUUAAGGCAGCCUAUUUUUUGUUUGUUUGUUUAUGCUAAGUAUAAUGUUAAAGGCACUUUCUGAAGCAGUUCUGUGAAGAAGUUUUAGUAUUAGCAAAUGUAACUUUACUAUUAUUUUUCUGCAAUGGAAUAUGUAUUUUUCUUAAUAAGAAAGUGUUCUCUGUCCUAAUUGAAUAAUGUCAGUGGAUCUUUUGACCAUUUUUACUGUAUUAUCAACGCGAUCUUGCAGCAAUUGAUAACUUUUUGAUUUAGUGGCUAAUUCGUAUGAAUUCGUACAAUCUAAUUCUUACAAUUUAGUACGAUUUGCUCAUCACACAGUGAUGGUUGGGUUUAGAGGCGGGGUUGGGUGCCACGCCUCCUUUUUAAAAUCAUACAUUUUCAUACGACUGAAUUCAUAUGAAUUAGCCACUAAAUUAACAAAACGUAAAAUACGUUUUCUCUUGAGAUCAGGCUGGUAUUAUACUUGAUUUCCAAUUUCAACACAUAUCUUGAACCAUAUACAUAAUAAAAUGUAAAUAUUCAUUUACAUGUUUCUAAAUAAAUGAUCUUUUUUUUUUACUUCAGUAAACAGAAAGGAAAGAAUGGAAGUAUAUUGUCAAAUGUAAAAAAGACAGUUUUUUGAAAUCAGACGUCUAGGCCAGCUUUACUAACUUAUCCAUUUGUUAACAUCAUUGUCAAGCCUCUAAAACUUAACAAAAGUGAGGAAUAUAAAAGGUUAUUUGCACGUCUGCUUACAAAUGAGGUAAAAUGUAAAAACAAUCGUUUUGUAAUAAGCAAAUUCAUGCUGCUUUGCAUAUGAUUGUGAAUAAAGAGUUACAAAAUUA